AUGCUUCGCAAAAAAGAUGUCUUCACGGUCAUCACCCCGAUUCCCGGCUUCAUCCCGCGCCAACUUGCGCUCGAUAUCCUCCAUUCUCACAGCGAAGUCAUCACCCUCAACCCGCUUGUCCUCGACCACAAGCCCAUUUCGGCCCCGAGAGAUGCCGCCGCUGACGAAUUCUACAGCACUUGGUACGAGAUUACGCAGCGCAUUCAGUUCGUCCCCGGCAUGGGAAACCUGGGCUCGGGCAAGAUUACCUUCAACGGAUGCUUUCACGACAUGCCGUGGGGCUUGCAGACCCACGUCUACGCCCCUUUCAAUGUUGAGAUGCGAUCCAAGUAUCAGAUUGGUGGCAACCAGCCCGGUAUUGAGCCUCCUCAGCAGCGUGAGAUUGGCCUCGGCGCGCCGGCCGAUGGGCUCUAUCUUCGCGAAGACAUUGAGAUCAAGUGCAACAUCACCAUGGUCAGCUUCGUCAAGUCGCAAGCCAAGGCGGCAAACAAGCAAAUGGUCCAGCGUAUUGUCAAAAAGGCGGAACUGCUGGACGCUGGCGUUCUCAAGGCCAUGAUGGAGGAUGGCAAGCUGAGAACCAUCAACCCCAAUGAUCGAUCGAAGCUUAAUCGAACUGGCACUCUCGGCCAUAACCCCAGCCCCAGCCCCAGCAUUGGCAGUCCGCAGUUGGCUUUCCAGCAACCACAUACUUCUCCAUAUCAACUCCCUGCUUCACCGUCACAUUCGUACCAAGCUCAGCAGAUGCAUCAGGCACAGGAGCAGGCCAUGGCGUCCAGCUACGCGAACCAUGCGACGCCUUCACCCGUGGAGCUGCCAGCCGAUAUUCAGCAAUACCAAUACUAUCAUAGCCAACCUCAAUCUCAAGCUCCCCAGCCUCACGAGCUGAACCUUGGUUAUCGACGAUCUAGGUCUUCGUCCGACCCACUAUGGUCUCAAGGCCAGUUUAGUCUGUCCGAUACGCAGCGCAACAGUGUCAGCUCAGUACUGAGCGGUACCAGCAGUUUUGGUCAUCCGUCGCCAGGUCUGCAGAGGACAGCAUUUUCUCCUGAGCUGACUGCUCACACGGAAUCAAGAGACGAGCUGAAGUGA